ACCCCGGAAGUAGUUCUCCCAGGAUACUCUCCUCUCACCAAGGGGAUCCCUGCCUGUAAUGUGGCUUAAACACUAAAUAACUGCUGUUCCUAGAAUGCUUUGUUCAAUAAGAUUCAUUCAUGGCAGAUAGUAUACAUAACGAGGAUGAUGAAGAUCUGCAAUCUCAGAUCGAAGAGGUCGAGGCUCUGUCAUCUAUCUAUGGAGAUGAGUGGUGUGUCAUAGACGAAGCAUCCAGAAUAUUUUGCAUCAAAAUGUCCAGCGACGCAGAGGAGCAGAAACUGACUGCAUGUUUGCAGAUAAUCCUUCCACCUGAUUAUCCGAGCGCAGCUCCGCCCAUCUAUCAGAUCAAUGCGGCGUGGUUGCGAGGCUCUGAGAGGGCCAAAUUGGCAAACAGCCUGGAAGACAUCUACGUGGAGCAUGCAGGGGAGAGCAUCCUGUACCUGUGGGUGGAAAGGAUCAGAGACUUUCUGCUGGAGAAAUCCCACAGCCUAGAAUCAGGCAUCCAACAAGAACAGGUGAACACAACCGCUGAGGAAGAAGUGGAGGAUGAUGAAGAAAUGCCUGAUUUAAGCGUUCUCAGGGUGGAACCAGCAUACCCCGUCAUGAAUCAGGCAAACGAUGGAGAGAUCCCUCCAAUAAAACAUGGGAAUCCCAUCACAGACCGACGCAGCACCUUCCAGCCCCAUUUGGCGCCUGUGGUCACGCCAACACAGGUUAAAAUGGUGUUGGAGAAACUUUAUGAAAACAAGAAGAUUGCCAGCGCCACUCAUAAUAUUUACGCCUACAGGAUUUACUGCGAGGACAAGCACAGCUUCCUGCAGGACUGCGAGGAUGACGGCGAGACGGCCGCGGGGGGGAGAUUGCUUCAUUUACUGCAGAUUCUGGACGUGCGGAAUGUCAUGGUGGUGGUGUCUCGGUGGUACGGAGGCAUUUUGUUGGGUCCCGACCGUUUCAAGCACAUCAACAACUGUGCCAGAAGCGUCCUGAUGGAGGAGGGAUACGUCGGCGCCACGGAUGAGGCCGUCAAGGCGGGGGCAAAGACCAAAAGACCAAAAAGCAAGAAGACAAAGUGAAGUUCAGAAGAAAAAAAGCAUUUUGUUUGUUUCUAAAAUGACUCAAAAGCCUUAAUUAUUAUUAUUUUUUCAGAUUUUAGCCAGAAAUUGAAUUGAUUUGAUUGGAGAUACUUAUUUUAGAUCAGCUAAAAGCAAAAAAAUCCAACCAUAUAACAGGGUUUCAUGCUGGGGAUGUUGUGCAGUUUUACAAAAUCCAGAUUUUUUUUUACUUUGGAAAAAGUCAAGUGCAGAACUAUUUGGAAGUGUGAUGUUCUCUCCUACUUUAGUGUCUGUUCUUGAUGUUUUUGGGGGAAAAAAGGAAAAAGUCCUGCCUAGAUGAUGAGUAAAAAGAUGGAAGAGCUCUCAAAUAAA